GAAUUUUGCUUGUCAGCUCAGCUUGUAUCUGCUAGCGAUUCAUUUCACAGAACAAUAUUUGUCGUCCGUCUUGUCUCUUAAUUGUUUUUCUUGUAUUGCCGAUUCCCUAUAAUUCUGUUACAAGAUAUACGUUUAUGACUGUCCAGUACAACAGAUGAUGUUUUUUAUAAUAUUUUAAAUAGAAGACACAACGUAUAAAUAAUUUGGAAAUUUAAUUUUGGUGAUGUGAAUUUGUUAUUACUAGGUCCAAAGUGCGUGUUUUAUUAUUGAAAAAUAGUGCCCGUGUUUUAUUUGGGUGUUUUAUUGUGCCAAAAUGUCUCUAGAAGAGAAAUUUAAUGCUGCUGUGAAUGUUAUAAGGAGUUUACCGAAAAGCGGUUCAUACCAGCCAAGCAAUGAGCUGAUGCUGCGGUUCUACAGCUACUUCAAGCAAGCGACAGACGGACCGUGCGACAAACCGAAACCAGGCUUCUGGGAUGUAGUCAACAGAGCAAAAUGGGAGUCGUGGAACAAAUUGGGCAACAUGACUAAAGAUGAAGCGAUGCAAGCGUACGUAGACGAGUUACACAAGAUCGUCGAGACCAUGUCGUACAACUCGGAUGUAGCCUCGUUCCUGUCAGUGGACGACGAUGACCAGGGUUUCCCCAGCAACGACCUGGAGUUGGUCGCGGGAGACAUACUGGCUAGAGUUAGGUCCACACAGAAUACGCCUAUAGAGUCGCGGUCGGUAAGCGGCGAGUCGUCCCCGCUGCGCGGCGGCUCACCCACCCGCGCCCGGCACGACGACGACGACGACGAGUUCAUCGACACCGUCGACAUGGACGCUAGCGAAGCGGAGGCGGCCGCCCAGCGCGCUGCGCUGCGCCUCAGCAACGGACACGCACAUCAGAUAUCCUCGCAGCUCACUCAUUUGAAAGUGUUGGAACAGCUGCCCGGCACCCUGGCACGGCUGGAGGCUGACGUGGCGGCGCUGAGGAAGGCAGUCGAGGGCGACCGCAGGAUGCUUGAUCAGCAGGCGCGCUGGCGCUGGCCGUGGCAGGAGCUGUCGAAGCCGACGCUGGUAUUCGUGUUGCUGUGGCCGCUGAUCGCCUUCCGGCUGCUGUCCCGUCUGCAGCGGCCCGCCAGGGACACGUCUUAACGGCAUGGUACAACAAUCACAUAGUUAUUAUAGUAAGGGGAACACAAAGUGUCUGAUAGACUUAGUUGUCUGUGGUUUUUACGGUACGGAUAUCGUCUAUGGUAUCCAACUUUUGUGAAUAAUACGGGAUUUUUAUAAUGUAGGUGUGUUGUGCGGUGAAUUUUGUGAUUACGUGCUUAUGUUACUAGAUGGCGUUAGUGGCUAGUAUUUAACACUUGCCCAGUGAUUGGUUUGGAAGCUCGACAGUGUGAGGCCAAGUUCGCAUAAAGUAUGUACAUGAAAUGCCAUCUAUUAAGAAAAUUUAGAACUUUGUAACAUUCUUUGAAAGCUUUGAUCGAGAUAGAAUGUUGUUUUUUGAUUAGCAUCCGUUGGGUCGUAUGAUUAAUUGGUUUGUAAUGUAAACAAAAA